AUGAAAUUUCAAAUUUGUUGGCUGUUUGCCGUCGCGGCCACAGCGCAGGCAGCUACACCAUGGUCAGUCCAGUGGUCUGAUCAAACAUAUGGCCCAGAUGGCCCGUGGCAUGCUGUGUCAGUUCAGCUGGGUUCAAACAAGCAGCCAGUCGAUUUAUACCCCGGAUCUCGCUGGGUAAGCCAGAUCCUCACCACCAGCGUCUGCUCAAAUGCCUCAACUGUUUGUUAUGCGAAGCGAGGGGGCCUUUACAACAUCAGUGACUCAGACACUGGUUUCCCAUUAUCUACGCCAACCAACACGAGUGAAUUGCCUUGGCAGUCCGACCUGGCAAGCACAGGCGUGAAUGUAUGGGGUGGUCCCGGACACAUCAAACAAGGCGCUCUCGCCGACACGCUCCGACUACCGGGUGGGCCAGCGGUGCCCAAUGUCUCGAUGAUGGCUAUUUACGAUGCUUAUCAAACGUACAAUGGGAAAAACUAUCCGGUCACAUUAGGAACGCUGGCAUUAGGAGGCACAAAGCGGACCCACGUCGUUGCUAACACCGCCUUGAACAUGCUUGCCGCGUGGGAAUAUUGGAAUGACACUUCAUCUCGUCAAAUUCCAUCAUACUCAUGGGGCAUGCAUAUUGGGGCUGUGGAACCUGAGAUCCCAGGAUCAUUGGUGCUUGGCGGAUAUGAUCAGAGCCGAGUGUUGAACCAAGUGAGCUCUCAGCAGGUCGAUCCCAAGAAAAACCUUGGAAAUCUCAAAAUUUAUCUUGAAGAUAUUGGAAUUGGAGUUGCCACUGGUGACUCGCCCUUUGGUUUCCAGAGCAAAUCCGGGCUAUUCAAAUGGGGAGACAGUACUGCCAGUGCCAGCACCCGAGGAAGGAGUGUGGAAAUCAUUCCUUUACUUCCAUACAUUUAUCUUCCAAAGACUACAUGUGAUGCGAUGGCAGCGAAUCUCCCGGUCACUUUUGACGAAGAUCUCAACCUAUAUCUCUGGAACACAGAGGAUAAAGACUAUCAAAACAUUACAUCUUCUCCGGCAUAUAUAUCCUUCACUUUUGAGAUGAACUCAUCCAAUAGCCAAAAUUUGACUGUCAAAGUUCCUUUCCCGCUUCUAAAGCUCACCCUUCAAGAGCCACUUGUGGACAGAAAUAUGUCAUAUUUUCCAUGCUAUCCAUCGGACUCCUACAUACUCGGGAGGGCUUUCCUACAGGCAGCUUUCGUUGGCGUAAACUGGCAAGAUGGAACUGGGGCUGGAAAAUGGUUUUUGGCCCAAGCACCGGGACCAGCAAUUGGAACAGGCAAUCAGCUGAGCAUCGCGGUCGAUGCUGACUCAAUUGAACCUUCCAAAAAUUCGUGGGAGGCCAGCUGGGAUGGGUACUGGGUGCCUUUGGGUGACUUGACAACGGGAAACUCGACAACGGGAAACUCCAAAUCCGAUUCUACUAUUUCCACUGGUGCAAAGGCUGGCAUUGGAAUUGGUUGUGCUGUUGGUGGUCUGGGAUUGAUUGGGGCCCUUGCUUGGCUAUUCAUUCACCGAAAGCGAGCAGCGAAAGCCAAAGCAGCUGGUGUUAAUCAGCACAAAGUCCCGCCAACAUUUGCGGAUGGGACACAGACAACUCAGACGACUGAAUUGUGUGGCCUUCAGCUAAAUGAACUACAGGCAGACAAAGGCGCCCAAGAGGCACCAGGGUCUACUACCUUGCGACAUGAACUUUCUUGA